GGAGUGCCUGUGUGUGUCUCAUUCACUGUGAGGGACGGGCUGUUGCCGGUGGCUGGCUCCGGUAAGUGCUGCAGUGGAUUAGUCAGCUGCAUUUAUUUAAAGGUAGUGCAGAGACGUUGCAGGAGCAGGAGCAGGAGACAGUCAGAGUACAAGUCAACAUGCAGCGCAUCUACAUGCACAGCAAUGAGCACUUUGAAGUUUUCACCACUGUCCUUGCUCCACAAGAUGGUGGUGGUGCACAGCUACAGGCCUCUCUGGCCCGACGAGCUGGAACUGCACCCGGGUGAUGUCAUCCUCGUUCUGUCCAAGCAUGAGGAGGAGAGGUGGUUUGGGCGGCUGCAGGAUGGGCAGCAGGGCUACUUCCCCGCCUCAUGUGUGAUGGAGCUGAGCCAGGCAACUCUGCCGUCUAAGCGCCUUCGAAGGAGUAUAUCUCUGAGGACCACAUCCAGGGACAGUGAAGGCAUCAGAUGUGGAAAAAUCCGACAGAUGUUCCCCACAUCCCCCAGCGCCUUGUCCCGUCCCAGUGCUUUCCUCCCCGCGCCCCUGAACAGUGUACACAUUCUGCAGGCACUCAAGAGGGGGAGCAAAGGAGGAGGGGUGGGGCUGGACAGAGGCCAGGUUGAGCCAGAGGGCCCCUUCCCUGAGCGGAGGCCCCAGAGCUCUCCGCCCCAUCCUGUGCCCUCCCACCCUCAGAUACACAGAUCUCCAAGUUUGCUUCACAGGAUCUUGUCCAAGUGCCGGAAAAAGAGUGAAUGCCAGGGAGCCACCAAUGGGGGCUUCGAGGGUGACUAACAAGUCCUUUACUUUAUCCUGGGGGGCCGAGCACAGUGCACUGUGUGGGCUGUGUGUUGGAGAUGAGGUUGGCGAGCAGAUGUGCUUAUGAAACAUGCAAAUAUGCAUCUUAAAUGUCCAGAUGUGGCCCUGUACUAGUGCCCCAUCAGAUGUUCUUCACUUGGCUACACAGACAAGCAGGAAGUAAAAUGCUGAGAAAACACAACCCAACUAGUGAUGUCGCUGGUUCGCUCGGCCCAUUGCGUCUGAGAAUGUAUGCAGUGAUAUCACUACUCUGGAAGAACGGUAAAGAGUUGGUCUUUUCUGCCCAGUUUCUCAGCAUUGAAUCAAUUGCCACACUGAAGCUUUUGAGAAUAUACAUUUGCAUCAUAGUGAUGAUCAAAUGCAGCUUUUUUCUGUUGCGUUGCAGUGAUGCGAUGCCGUCCCUUUAUCAUGUCUUUUCUCUGAUAUAUGUAUGUAGAUGCAUAACAUGCAAGUCAUAAUGAUGACAGUAAAAACAGUAAAAA